CUGAGCGCGGCUACUACUGAACGGUUGUUGGACUACCAUCACCAGUGAUUGCUACUGCUGGCUGCUGGCUCGUAAUGAUUGUAGUUGGUUGUAUGUUGGAUAGUAUUGGAGUCUAAAAAUUAUAAAAUAUCCAAGAUUCCAGUCUGGAAUAAUCGGGUCCAUUAUUCCAGGAUUUUAACCAGUGAAAUGACAGUACAGUAAUAAUAAAAUAAAUCGAAAGUUUGAUUAGCUUUCAUUGUGAAAAAUGAUCGGAGGGUUAUUUUUAUAUAACCACAAGGGAGAAGUAUUAAUUUCCCGGGUGUAUCGAGAUGACAUCGGAAGAAAUGCCGUAGAUGCAUUUAGAGUUAACGUAAUUCAUGCUCGUCAACAAGUUCGUUCACCCGUCACCAACAUUGCUCGGACAUCCUUUUUCCAUAUUAAACGAGCAAAUAUUUGGCUGGCCGCUGUAACUAAGCAAAAUGUCAACGCAGCUAUGGUUUUUGAAUUUCUUCUCAAGAUCAACGAUGUUAUGCAGUCGUACUUUGGAAAAAUCUCUGAAGAAAAUAUUAAAAACAACUUUGUUUUGAUUUACGAGCUGCUUGAUGAAAUUUUGGACUUUGGUUACCCACAAAAUUGCGAUACUGGUGUACUGAAGACUUUUAUUACUCAGCAAGGUGUAAAGUCAGCGACAAAAGAGGAACAAGCACAAAUUACAUCUCAAGUAACAGGUCAAAUUGGAUGGAGACGAGAAGGAAUAAAAUACCGGCGUAAUGAACUAUUCCUUGAUGUAUUGGAGUAUGUGAAUCUCUUGAUGAGUCCUCAGGGACAAAUAUUAAGCGCCCAUGUUGCAGGAAAGGUUAUAAUGAAAUCUUAUCUAUCGGGAAUGCCAGAGUGUAAAUUCGGUAUCAAUGAUAAAAUCGUAAUGGAUUCUCGUGGGAUGAAAGGUGGCAGCGGUGCACUGGGUGGGGAAGAUCCGACAGGAGCACGCACUGGAAAGCCUGUAGUUGUAAUUGAUGAUUGCCAAUUUCAUCAAUGUGUCAAGUUAUCUAAAUUUGAAACUGAACAUUCCAUUAGUUUUAUACCACCAGAUGGCGAGUUUGAAUUGAUGAGAUACCGUACUACAAAAGAUAUUUCAUUGCCAUUCCGAUUAAUACCAUUGGUGAGAGAAGUUGGUCGUACAAAAAUGGAAGUAAAAGCUGUUCUCAAAUCAAACUUCAAACCAUCGCUUUUGGGACAAAAAAUAGAAGUACGUGUACCAACUCCAUUAAAUACCGCUGGAGUUCAAUUGAUUUGUCUUAAAGGUAAAGCUAAAUAUAAAGCAUCUGAAAAUGCAAUCGUCUGGAAGAUAAAACGUAUGUCAGGUAUGAAAGAGACUCAAUUGUCUGCGGAAAUAGAUUUACUCGACACUGAUACGAAAAAGAAAUGGACAAGACCACCUAUUUCAAUGAACUUCGAAGUACCAUUCGCUCCAUCUGGCUUUAAAGUUCGCUAUCUUAAAGUAUUUGAAUCCAAACUCAAUUAUUCUGAUCACGAUGUCAUUAAGUGGGUGAGAUAUAUUGGAAGAAGUGGUCUUUACGAAACGCGAUGUUAAUAAUACUCUAUUGUAUAAUUUAUUAGGAAUAAUAAUAAUUAUUCCUAUUAAUAACAACAACAAAUUUCGAAUAAAUUCAACACAACUAUUAUUAAAUAUAUUAUAAAUGAAUUAUGAACGGUGCCCAUGGUGAUUAUUACAAACAAAAUACUAAUUAAUAAAUCGCGUGAAAAUUGUAUCAUCUUAUCUUUAUUAUUAUUAAUUUCAAUGAAUUAUUAUUGUUGUUGUUGUUGUUGUUACUGUAUUAAUCGCUGAAUAUAUAUGCGUGUUUAAAUGUCGUAUGACAACACAAACCGAUAAACAAAUUAAGAUUUUUUUUCUUCCUUAAGAGUGUUAUCUAAUAAAAGUAUGAGCCAAAAACCAUUAUAAAUAAUUUAAUUUGCAUGUGCUUUAAAACAGCGAAUGAAUACCACGUAUUGAAUGAUUUACGCAAUUAUAAAUGAAUAUACGAAUAUACAUGUAUAGUAUUCGGCACAUAAAUUGUAACUAUAAUAUAGUAUGGAAAUUCAAAAUAGUGAGUUAGAAAAAGGUAAAUUAUAUAUCAUGAA